AGUGAAAAGGACGAUAGGAUUAGCUAUGUUGUUUACAUUGUUAAUUUCACUGAGGUCAUUCGAGAGUCUUCUAGAAGUGGACUAUUCUAAAAAGAAGGAUAAUCUUCUUUUUAAAGACAAUACUAGAAGCUUCCAGAAUAAUGUAAAUUUAUAAAUAUAAGCUGGCAGUUUCUUCAUUAUAUCAGAUCUGAACUCAGAGUUUCACACCAGACUUUAUGUCAGAGCAUAGUUUAUUUCCAACUGGAAUAUAACAUUUAUCUUCUGUGGAAUUAUUUGCACGCCAUCAAUGAACUGUUUGCAGUUACUUUGAGAGAGGAAAUCUCAGUUCUCAUCGAGAUCAUCAACCUGCUUUAAUGAACGCUUUUCAACCCAUGGACUACUGAAAUUGACUAUUAAUCAUCAUCAACAUCGUCUUCACAGACAUUUCUACUCGUUACAGUGGCUCUUAUUAUUCAUCGUGUUUCAACAUCAAUUUCAUCAUCGCAAUCAUUGUAAACUUUAAUAUACAGAAUCUUCGCCAACCAACUUGGAUUUUAUCUGGAUUUAAUAUAGGACUAGCAUAACUUUGGAUUGCACAUCUAACUCUUCAAGACAUCAAUGUCUUGAUAUCUUCCAUGUACGGAGAAGGGAGUCACUUCUUCCUCGGGGCAGCCGUCGGUGAAGGUCUCGUCCAGCGAGGUCACAACGCAACACUCCUCAUCAGCAGGGCAUUCGAACACCAUACAAGGAACCCCAAGUACUCUAAUCUGUCUUUCGAAGUCUUUGAUCAUCAAAAACGGUCCGUCCAAGAGAUACGAGAUUUCUGGAAGGACUUCGGAGCCCUUUCGUUGGGGCAAAGCAAUGACGGUCUCAUCAAGUCCGUCUUCUUCUUGAUUGAGUCGAUGGCAGACGACUGUGAAGAUAUCCUCCUCGACGUCGAGCUCAUGAAGCGUCUGGAAGUCGUAGACGCCGUCGUCGUUGAUAUGACUUGGUUGUGUGGUGUGAUGAUCCGGGCGGCGCUGGAACGCAACCUGAACUACACCAAGAAGAUAGCCCUUGUGACCCUGACACCAAUCACCCCUCAGGCCAUGGCGCUGUUCUCUUACGGUUCGCCGUACAACCCGGCAUAUCAGCCAGAACUCAACACAGGCUUCACCAACAGGAUGAGUUUCUUCCAGCGGAUGGCCAAUCUUCUACAAUCCGUUGUCUACGCUUUGCUUGGUGGGGGAGUGGCCAUACCAGCCUAUAUACGCGUGGGGAAAAAUACGGGGCUUGAGAAUGUCAUUAACUACAAGAUGUCUCUUUAUCAUGAACUUGCUGAUUUGCAUCUCCAGAACUUUGACUUCGUCAUGGAGUUCCCUUUCCCGAUUGUGCCAAACGUGAUUCCUGUCGGCGGUGGGCUGACAGCAUGGCCACCCGCAGAACUUGACGAGGAGCUGGAAGAUUUCAUGGAGAGCUCAGGCGACCAUGGUGUUAUUUUGUUCACUCUCGGCACGUACUUCGGAGAGAUCACGAUCGUUCAACCGGGAUUUGCCGAAGAGUUUGCCGAAGCUUUCCGAAGAUUGCCGCAGAAGGUGAUAUGGCAAAUGAAGGAUCCGAUCGGUGAACUCAAAGUUCCUUCCAAUGUGAAGGUCAUGCCAUGGGUUCCUCAGAAUGAUCUUCUUGGCCAUCCUAAGACACGAGUGUUUCUCUAUCAAGGAGGCAACAACGGCUUCCAAGAAGCCUGUUACCAUGGCGUCCCCGUGGUCGUUGUCCCGCUUCAUGGGGAUCAGUUCGACGUCGCAGCCAGAGUCGAGGCGCGGGGGAUGGGCAGGAAGAUAGACAAAAUGGCUGCCAGUGCGGACGUAAUCUACAAUGCCUUACAUGACGUCAUCAGCAAUCCAAAGUACACGGAAGUGGCUAAAACGGUUUCUGCCAUCAUUAAAGAGAGGCCAAUGCAGGCAAGAGAACGAGCUGCAUUCUGGAUAGAGCACGUGAUCAAAUAUGGCGGGCAGUAUCUCAAAUCAUCUGCAAUGGAACUCUCUGUAAUAGAGUAUUUUAUGCUGGAUGUGAUGGCGUUUCUUCUGCUGAUAGUGGCAGUGAUUGUGUUUGUGGUUGUAUUUGGAGUUAGAUUAUAUUGGAGGGUGGUCUGCGGGACAAGGAAAACAAAAUUAGACUGACAUAAUAACUAUAGUAUUACAAUGCAUACACAGUGUUGUUACGGGGGCAGCACCACUUUUUUUCAACAUGUUUUUAUUAAGGAUUUCAUUCAAUGUUUUUUUACAUAAACUCAUUAUAAUACUGUAGCGAACCAGUCCGCAACGGUUUUGGAUAUAAUGCAUUAAACGUAGAUGGCGCUAUAGAUUUUGGUGCACCAGAGAUAGUUAUAUUAUAGUGCCACCAUAUGUUGCCACACAGAAAAGGAGACAUUUUCAUAUAGUGCUUCUAGACCAGUUUUUUACUCUGAAUAUGAAUAUAUGAGGUAACCAGGCUGUAUCCUGAAAAUUAACCUGUGAGGGAGCUUUUUCAAAAUGGCCGCCAAAUUUUUCAGAACAUUUUAUUUUUCGUACAUAGAUUUUAUCAUGUCAUUGCCACAAAAUUAGUGUCAUACGAAAGACAAAUAAAUUUCCUACAAUUUGGUGCUAUUUAUAAGGGAUAAGUAAGUCAUUUGGCUGAGAUUUUAAGUAGAAAACUGCAUUUUUUUGUCAUUUUUUCCCCAAAAUUGAAAAUUUUCCAAAUACAUGAUUUUAUAUAAUUCAAUGAAAAAUGAAUCAAUUACCUUGAAAUGUUCCAGAAAACUUUAUUGAUAUACUAUUAUCAUGUGGAUGAAAUUCCAACUCUGUAUCAUUCUUUUUAGCACAUAUAUAAGGUAUCAAACUUGAAUACUCAAAUUUCAGAAAUGUCGCUUUUUGUAUGCAUUUUCAUAGACUAAUACGUAUAAUAUGUGUAAUGUAUAGUUAAAAAUUAAAUGCAAUUACCUCCGCUUCUUAACCA